AUUUCAGAAUGAAAAAGAGGGAUCUCAAACUUGUAUUAAUAGGAGACAGUAAGCAAUUUUGAUUAGUAUUAGGUGGUGUCGGGAAAUCAUCUUUUGUUUCAGCUUUAAUAAAUUAAAUAUCAAACAAAGCACUUGUUUUAGAUAAACAUCAACCAAUCAAUUUACCUCCUGAUAUACUUAAUCACCCUGAAUGCAUAACUACUUUAAUCGAUACAAAAUGUGCUCCACAUCAAUUACCUCAAGAGAUUUAGAUGGCUGAUGUGAUUCUCCUGAUGUAUUCAAUCGAUGAUGAUGGAUCAAGUGAAAGAUUGAAAAGAUUUUGGCUCAAGGAAUUAAGAGAAUAGGGAUAUAAAUAGCCUGUAAUAAUAGUUGGAAAUAAGCUUGAUUUAUUGGGUUUGGAAGAAGAUCGAGAUUAUCAUAGGAUCUUCAAGGUAAUCAAACAAUUAGUGAAGGACUUCAACGUAUUAAAUUGAAUUAAUAUAGUCAGUUGAAAUGGGAAUCGAAUGUUCAUCUCUAAAACAAUAAGGCAUCUAUGAUGUGAUAAAUUGCGCCUAAAGAUCAUUUCUCUAUCCAUUAGCCCCGAUCUACAGUAUUGCAGACAAGUCAUUAACAGAAGGAUUUAAAAAGGCAUUGACUAGGAUAUUUAGGAUUUGCGACAGGGAUGGAGAUGGAGUCUGGAGUGAUGCUGAAUUGGAAAAAUUCUAAAAGAAGGUGUUUAAGAGAUAACUAGAUUAUAGUGACAUUGCUGGAAUAAAAGACAUGAUAGAAGAGGAAUUGCAUGAUAACUCAAACAAAAAAGUGAUUACUUUAGAAGGAUUUAUAGCAUUACAAAAAAGAGGGAUAGAACUAAUGAAGAUUCAAAUCUGUUGGACUAUUCUACGCUUUUUUAGAUACAAAGAUGAUUUGACUUUGGAUGAGAAUAUUUUUACAAAUGAGUAUUAAUUUAAAUGGAAUUAGAUUAAUAUUUGAUUAAGAUGCAGGCCAAACUGUUGAAUUGAGCGAGAUUGCCUUAUCUAAAUUAAAAUAGAUAUUUGAAAUCAGAUGCAAUUCAACAUCUUAAUAAGGUAAUACUUUAAAUCAGAAACAAUUUGAUGAUAUAUUUUACCCAGUGAUGUAUCGAACUAAUUUUCCUCAUCUAAGUUAAUAUUAUCCUUAGGAAUAAAAUGUCAUCACUUUAACUCAAUGGUUGGCAAUGUGGAAGUAUUCAAAUCAUGAUAUCCAAGUGCCUUUUCCUUCUUUAAUUAUAAAGAAGCCUACAAGUUGUUGUGUUAUAUUGGAAUUGAAAUGAAAUUAUCAGACACAUUUAAGGAAUAAAAUAGAAAGGAUUCCUGGUCUUCUGUUUAAAAGAUUAUUGAUAGAAAAGUGUUUCAUAUUGCCAUUGUCACCAGAAAAAAGGUUGUUUAUUCAUCCUUAUCUCUUAGGCUUAACUUGAAAAAUAGCUUGAAAAUCAGUCCCUCAUUAUCACAUCUAUUCAAAGUAAAACAUAUGCUAUUAGUUUAUACGAUGAAUUGGAAGCUGAAUAAUAAAUUGAAAAAAGACAAUUAAGCAUCAUAGACUUUUUACUUAUAGAUCAAAAUAGUAACUUUUAAACUGCUUAACUCAUCCCAAUCUCUUCAUAUAAUGAGAAAAAAUCUUUUUUGGAAGAAAUCAAGAAAGUUAAUGAUAUCUUACACCAAAAGUAUUCUCAUUCAUUUCAUUAUCAUUUAGUCCCUUCGGUUAUUCUGACUAUUAAAUAUCAUAAUUGAAAAAGCAAAACAGCCUACCAGUUGUUGAAGUAGUUAGUGUUGUGACACUUCUGGCAUUGAUAUUGACAGGAGGAUACUUAUUAAGUAAAAAGACAUUUUUAAAGAAUAAAUGA